GGAAUGGGUAUAAAACCGCAGUGAACCCAAUCUCCCUCUCUUUCUCCUACGUUGCCGUUGCCGCGCUCAUACUCGCUCCCGCUCAGCAGUCCUCUUUCGAUAACGAGACGUGUAAAUUGUAGUUGAGAUCCUUUUAUCCUUGUUGAGAAGAGGAGAUCUAGCAUAUUCUAAGGAAAUUGCAAGUCACAAUGGUACCAGUGGUCGCUUCUUCCGCACAUGGUCUUGUUUGUGCUGGUGAGAGGUUUCUUGCAAGCUCUCAACUACGAGAUCCUGCUGCCAUCUCAGGCUCCAUUCUCUGCUGGUCUUGGAUUAAGCCUCAAGUAGAAGUUAAUAGCUUCCCGGCUGAACCAACAAUGGCCUUGGCUUCCUGCAAUGAGGCUACAUAUAUCGUUGGUGGUGGUUUCUCUGGAGAUAUAUACUUGUGGGAGGGAAGCAAAACAUUUGUAUGCAUAGUUUCACUGGGCAUAAUUUCCCUGUUUACUGAUAUUGUCGUUGGCUAUGGAGGAUCCAAUGCUAUUAUAAUCUCUUCCUCUGUGGAUCGUACUUGCGAGGUGUGGAGCUUAUGGGAAACUAUUAAGAAAUAUCAUAAUAUGUCCUCAAGGGAGGUGGUAGAGAUGGGAAAAUAUACACUGCUGCGCUCAAUGCUAAAAGCCCAUCCAGCAGUGAUUGUGGACUGCAUAUUCUCGGCUCAUUGUCAAAUCAGAGGAAAAGCACCAGUGAAGCCUAACAAAAAGUCACCGUACUACACAUCGUUGGUGGGAUUUACUGAUUGGAGAAGAGACUUGGACUUGUCCAUACAACCCCACGAUAAGUUCAGAUAUUAUGGUGGCCUAACUAUGAUGGCUGCCAAAAUCGCCUAUGAAUCCGAACCCUUUGUUCAAUCUGUUGUAAAUGAUCGUUGGAAGAUGAAAUUUCUCGGUUUCUUUGAUUUCUGGAAUGACUUUCAGAACAGAGCGACAACUCAAGCCUUCAUGUUUCAGAACACAGCCACAAACGAUCCAAACAUAAUAGUGAUAGCAUUCAGAGGCACCUCCCCAUUCGACACAUACGACUGGCAGGUCGACACUGACUUAUCUUGGUACAAUAUUGAAGGCGUAGGCCACAUCCACAGCGGCUUCAUGAAAGCCCUCGGCCUUCAGAAGGCCACAGGAUGGCCCAAGGAGCUUACCAAACCUCAACAUGACUUUGCAUAUUACACCCUCCGCCAAAAACUAAGAGAUAUUGUCAAAUCCAACGACAAGGCAAGAUUUAUCAUCACAGGCCAUAGUUUGGGCGGCGCAUUGGCCACCUUAUUUGUCACUAUGUUGAGCUAUCAUGAGGAGAAAACAAUAUUGAAGAAGUUGCAAGGUGUUUACACCUACGGCCAGCCCAGAGUUGGCGACCGACAGUUUGCUGAGUUUAUGAUGGUGAAGGAGCAGCCAAACAAGAACUACUUCUCGUUGCAAUGGGUGAUACCCAAGUAUUUAACUGCAUUGUGGGAGAUCAUAAGGAGUUUCAUAACCCCAUUAGUGUGGGGUUUUGAUUACUACGAGAGUUUGUUAAUGAUUGGAGCAAGGUUGGUUGGACUGCUUGUUCCAGGAUUCGCCGCUCAUUUUCCAGUGAAUUAUGUUAACUCGACUCGUUUGGGAAAAUUAACGGCAUCCAAUGAAGUUGAUGACCCAAUUCAUGAAGAUGAUAUUGAAAGCGACGACUAGAAGAUAUGGAGAACAUGAUUAUAAGUUAAAAAGAAAGUUUGGGAAGUAACUACAAUAAAAUAAAAUUAUAAAUUUGGUAUUUGAACUAAGUGUCUUCAAUGUAAAAAAUAUGGAAUAAAAUGUUGUAUUUUUAAAGUUUUAUAUUGGGUUACGAAUUACA